AUGGGAAAAUCUGGAGGUAGGAAAAAGAAGGGAAGUGGUGCUGGUGCAAACCAAGCAUUAAGUGGGGAAAAUAAUGGUAAUUCAAAUUCAAAAGCAUCCCCAAAUGCUAAUGGGGGUAUUGAUUUAGACUCUUCAAUAUUUUUGAAAAGAGCCCAUGAGCUUAAAGAAGAAGGAAACAAGAGGUUUCAGAAUAAGGACUACGCAGGUGCUCUUGAACAGUAUAACAAUGCUCUUCGCAUAACUCCGAAAACACACCCCGACCGUGCUGUGUUUCAUAGCAAUAGGGCUGCUUGUUUAAUGCAAAUGAAACCUAUUGAUUAUGAGACUGUUAUUGCUGAGUGUACUAUGGCACUUCAAGUGCAUCCUCAGUUUGUAAGGGCUCUUCUUAGAAGGGCUCGUGCAUUUGAGGCUAUAGGGAAGUAUGAAAUGGCUAUGCAGGAUGUUCAGGUUUUGUUAGGGGCUGAACCAAAUCACCGUGAUGCUUUGGAUAUUGCUCGGAAAUUGAGGACUGCAUUUGGUCCUCGCCAAGAGGCUCAGCAGGAUCUCCAGAGCCGUCCAUCCCCUGCUGCCUUAGGGGCAUCUGCUGUGCGUGGUGCCCCGAUUGGUGGUCUCGGCCCUUGUUUACCACCCCGUACGGUUUCAAAGAAGGGAGCUGGACCACCUGGUGGGUCUGUUGGAUCACCUAGUAAUAAGAUGGAGAAGCCUCUGUUGAAUUCGGUAAGUGAAAAUGGUCAUGAGACCAAAAACCAGUUGCCGAAAGUUGUGUUGAAGCCUUCCAGUGGUUUUUCAAAAGUUCCUGCUAAUCCAGGAAAGGAUAGAAAGGGAAAGGAGUCCCUAUCUUCCUCAGUGUCAUUGCCUGGACAGGUUUCAGAGGUGGCUGUUCGAUUAAGACCAUUGAAACUUGUCUAUGACCAUGACAUAAGGCUCGCACAAAUGCCAGUUGGUUGUGCUUUUAAAGUGUUAAGGGAGAUAGUGAGCAAGCGUUUUCCAUCAUCCAAGUCAGUUUUGGUCAAAUACAAAGAUACUGAUGGGGAUUUGGUGACUAUAACAAGCACAACUGAACUCAGAUUGGCAGAGUCCUCUGUAGACAGCCUUCUGGUAAAGGAGCCUGAUACGGAUAAAACUGAUUCAGUUGGGAUGUUGAGAUUGCAUGUUGUUGAGGUGAGUCCAGAGCAAGAGCCACUUUUACUGGAAGAAGAGGAGGAGGAGGAGAAGCCUCUUGAGAGUGAAGAGAACAAGGGAGAUGAAAGUGGGUCUCAUUCAUCACUUGGUGAGCCUGUGUCAGAAGUGGUUGAUAUUGAAGUUGAUAAGGCAGAGAAAGAAACUACAAAGGAGAAACCAGGUGCUUCAGAAGAUCCAGAAAGCAAAGAAGUAGAGAUGGAUGAUUGGUUGUUUGAGUUUGCACAGCUAUUUCGCACCCAUGUUGGUAUUGACCCAGAUGCUCAUAUUGACUUGCAUGAACUUGGGAUGGAGUUGUGCUCGGAGGCUCUUGAGGAGACAGUAACAAGUGAAGAAGCUCAAAGCCUUUUCGACAAGGCUGCCUCAAAGUUCCAGGAGGUGGCUGCUUUGGCAUUUUUCAAUUGGGGAAAUGUCCAUAUGUGUGCAGCAAGGAAACGCAUACCCUUAGAUGAGUCUGCUGGAAAGGAGGUUGUGUCAGCACAGCUUCAAGCAGCUUAUGACUGGGUGAAGGAGAAAUAUUCUUUGGCCAGAGAGAAGUAUGAGGAAGCACUCUUGAUCAAACCAGACUUUUACGAGGGUUUGCUGGCACUGGGGCAGCAGCAAUUUGAAAUGGCCAAACUUCAUUGGUCAUUUGCGCUUGCUAAGAAAAUAGAUCUCUCGAGCUGGGACUCUGUGGAAACACUUAAACUGUUUGACAGUGCAGAGGAGAAAAUGAAAGCAGCAACUGAGAUGUGGGAGAAGCUGGAGGAGCAGAAAGCAAACGAGGUAAAAGAUCCAAAUGCAAGCAAGAAGGAUGAAUUGAUGAGAAGAAGAAAGAAACAAGGAAAUAAUGUUGAGGGUGAGUCCUCUGAAAGUGGUGCUCAGGGUGAGAUUACGCAGGAAGAGGCAGCUGAACAAGCAGCAGUGAUGAGAUCGCAGAUACAUCUUUUCUGGGGUAACAUGCUUUUUGAGCGAUCCCAGGUUGAAUGCAAAUUAGGAAUGGAUGGUUGGAAGAAUAAACUUGAUGCUGCAGUUGAGCGCUUUACGCUUGCUGGAGCCUCUGAGGCUGACAUUUCAAUGGUUUUGAAGAACCAUUGCUCCAAUGGAGAUGCCGCAGAAGGAGAUGACAAGAAGUUUAAGAAUUCAGACACCAAUAAUGUCAAUGAAGCAGAUAAGAGUGAGGAGGUAAAUAAAGUAUGA